CCAAAUAUUACGUUUUACCUGACUCCCUGUUGUUCACGCCUCCCCCUCUCCCUCUCUGUGUCUCUCUGGUUCACCACCGUCCCACCACCAUUAUCGUCGGACACUGCCGCCCCCGACCUAUCUAUUCUCACUCUGUGUUUUUUCAGCCGGCCACCGCGGAUGAUAGAGGUGUCAUCGACCGCAAAAUUGUAGUCCAAGGCGCACGAAGCUGUUCAUUGUUCCUCCUCCUCCCGCCACCGACUUCUGAUUGCCUCCUCUUUAAAAGCCACCACCAAAACCUCUAGCUGUAUCACCACUUCUAUCGGCGACGCGUCUGCCAUUUUGGAUUUUCAAUUUGGGGGAUUUCCAACCACCUCUCCUCUGCCGCUGCUAUUCUCGGUGUUGACGACAGUUGAAGGCGGAAGUAGAAUUGGCUAAAGAUGGCAUAUUAUCAAUAUGGGAGAAAUAUACUACGUCAGGUUGUCCAAGAUGCUAGUGGUAAGAGAUUGGACAGCUGGCUUCACCCGUUGUUUUUCACCGGCCAAGGAGUCAGAUUUAGAAAAUUGGAAGUUAUUCUUACGACGAACAUAGAUAAGCUCGGGAAAGCUGGUGAGACGGUGAAGGUUGCUCCUGGUUUCUUCCGGAAUUACCUUAUGCCUAAACUACUUGCUGUACCAAACAUUGACAAGUUUGCCUAUCUCGUUGAGGAGCAGAGGAAGAUUUACCAACCUAUAGAGGAGGAGGAAGUUAAGGUGGUGAAAGAAAGCAAGGAAGAUAUGAUGAAAGAGUACCUUGCUGCAGCAAAGCGGCUGGACAAUGGAACAGUGGUUUUAAGAAGAUACUUUAAGGUUGACAAUGAACUGCGUGAACCUGUUACGAAAGGUGAGAUAAUUUCAGAGGUGGCUAGGCAACUUUCUGUACAAGUCGAUUCUGAAAACCUGCAUAUGCCAAAUCCUCUGUCGUCAUUGGGGGAGCAUGAGAUACCGCUUCGAUUGCCAAAGUCCAUACCGAUGCCACAAGGAAAGAUUAUGUGGACUCUCAAAGUUAAAGUUAGAAGAAAGUGAUCGGAUUCUCCUGCCAUAGCUUAGAUCCAAUUUUGAUAAUUAUAAUUGUUUGGAGAUGCUAUUUUCUACAUGGGUUACCAAACUGUCCUUAGUUUUUCGUCUCUAGUUGUAGCUUCGGCUGUUUAAGAAGUUGGAUUUUGAAUAGCUAUUUCUUCCAUUUGAGCCUCCUUCCUUUUUAGUAAUUGGCCAUGAAGUUGUAUUCACCAGCAAGGCUCCAUUUGGUACGGUGUAAAUGUUUUCAUAAAAAAUAAUUUUAUCUUUUUAAUCA